CGCGGCCGGAGGGGCCGGCGCGCCGAGCCAGACGCCGCCGCUUGUUUUGGUUGGGGCUCUCGGCAACUCUCCGAGGAGGCGGCGGGAGGAGGGGAGCGAAGUAACUGCGGCGGCCGCGCCUCCCGGGCAGAGGCGUCUCCCCCGCCCCUUCCCAAGCCUCCCCCGCGCCGCCCGGCCCGUCCCCUCCCUGCGCCCCGCCGGCCGGAGCGCGCGCAGGGAUGAGCUCGGCGCCCCGGCCGGCCCCCGCGCCCCCGGCCGCCCGGUAGCCUCCGGCGUGGACCAGCCCCCCGCUCCGUCGCCCAGAUGGGCCCGACCCGGGCUGCAGAGGACGCGUCCGCGGGCGGCGCCAGCCCCGGCAGCAACAGCCGCAGCGCCGCGGUCUCCGCGCUUGAGCUGGUAUUUGGGCGGCUGGUGGCGGCGGCGACGGUGGGGGAGGGCGGGAGGAGGCGGAGAGGAGGAGGGAGAACCCCGUGCAACGUUGGGACUUGGCAGCUCGCCUCCCCCUGCCCAAGGAUAUUUAAUUUGCCUCGGGAAUCGCUACUUCCAGAGGGGAACUCGGAGCGAAGGCGCGCGCGCUGCAGGGACGGCGCGGGGACUCCGAGGCGCCGCCGCCCGCCCGCGCCGGACUCCAGCCCCCGGCGGCGAGAGAUGCUGCUUCGCCCCUUCGCGGCCGCGGCGGCUGAGCGGACUCUGGGCUCGCGGAGGAUCCGGGCUGCGCUCCCGCCGGACGCCCGGCCUGGCCCCCGGGCAUGAGACGCCCGUGAACUCGGGUCGGGGCUCUCUGCCGGGCGCGGCGGCCGCGUCCCCCGUGGACGGCCCCUCCUCGGCGCGGGGGGCGGCGCGGAUCUUGGGGUCCGGGUUUCUGCCGCCUCCAGCCCGGUUUGCAUGUGCGGGGCCGCGGCGCGGAGCCUCCGCCCCCCACCCGCUUGUUUUUCGGCGCCUCCCUCUGCUCGGCCGUGGCGGCGUCGGCAGCAUGGCGAGCCCUCCGGAGACCGACGGCUUCUCGGACGUGCGCAAAGUGGGCUACCUGCGCAAGCCCAAGAGCAUGCACAAGCGCUUCUUCGUGCUGCGGGCGGCCAGCGAGACGGGGGGCCCCGCGCGCCUCGAGUACUACGAGAACGAGAAGAAGUGGCGGCACAAGUCGAGCGCCCCCAAACGCUCGAUCCCCCUCGAGAGCUGCUUCAACAUCAACAAGCGGGCUGACUCCAAGAACAAGCACCUGGUGGCCCUCUACACCCGGGACGAGCACUUCGCCAUCGCGGCGGACAGCGAGGCCGAGCAGGACAGCUGGUACCAGGCCCUGCUGCAGCUGCACAACCGUGCCAAGGGCCACCACGACGGGGCCUCGGCGUCGGGGGCCGGCGGCGUCGGGGGCGGCAGCUGCAGUGGCAGCUCCGGCCUCGGGGAGGCCGGGGAGGACUUGAGCUACGGGGACGUGCCCCCGGGGCCCGCGUUCAAGGAGGUCUGGCAGGUGAUCCUGAAGCCCAAGGGCCUGGGGCAGACAAAGAACCUGAUUGGCAUCUACCGACUCUGCCUGACCAGCAAGACCAUCAGCUUCGUGAAGCUGAACUCGGAGGCGGCAGCCGUGGUGCUGCAGCUGAUGAACAUCAGGCGCUGCGGCCACUCUGAGAACUUCUUCUUCAUCGAGGUGGGCCGCUCCGCCGUGACGGGGCCCGGGGAGUUCUGGAUGCAGGUGGAUGACUCCGUGGUGGCCCAGAACAUGCACGAGACCAUCCUGGAGGCCAUGCGCGCCAUGAGCGAUGAGUUCCGCCCGCGAAGCAAGAGCCAGUCCUCGUCCAACUGCUCCAACCCCAUCAGCGUCCCCCUGCGCCGGCACCACCUCAACAACCCGCCGCCCAGCCAGGUGGGGCUCACGCGCCGCUCGCGCACCGAGAGCAUCACCGCCACGUCCCCCGCCAGCCUGGUGGGCGGGAAGCAGGGCUCCUUUCGCGUGCGGGCCUCCAGCGACGGCGAGGGCACCAUGUCCCGCCCGGCCUCCGUGGACGGCAGCCCCGUGAGUCCCAGCACCAACCGCACCCACGCCCACCGCCAUCGGGGCAGCUCCCGGCUGCACCCGCCGCUCAACCACAGCCGCUCCAUCCCCAUGCCCUCCUCCCGCUGCUCGCCCUCUGCCACCAGCCCGGUCAGCCUGUCCUCCAGCAGCACCAGCGGCCACGGCUCCACCUCCGACUGCCUCUUCCCGCGGCGGUCCAGCGCGUCCGUGUCCGGGUCCCCCAGCGACGGGGGCUUCAUCUCCUCCGACGAGUACGGCUCCAGCCCCUGCGAUUUCCGCAGUUCUUUCCGCAGCGUCACCCCGGAUUCGCUGGGCCACACCCCACCCGCCCGGGGCGAGGAGGAGCUGAGCAACUACAUCUGCAUGGGCGGCAAGGGCCCUUCCACUCUGGCCGCCCCCAAUGGCCACUACAUUCUGCCUCGAGGUGGCAACGGCCACCGCUACACCCCAGGAGCCAGCUUGGGCCUGAGCCCAGCCCUGGCUGGGGAGGAGGCCGCCAGCGCUGCAGAUCUGGAUAACCGGUUCCGAAAGCGGACUCACUCUGCGGGCACCUCCCCUACCAUCUCCCACCAGAAGACCCCGUCCCAGUCCUCGGUGGCCUCCAUUGAGGAAUAUACAGAGAUGAUGCCCGCCUACCCACCGGGAGGGGGCAGUGGCGGCCGACUGCCCGGCUACCGGCACUCAGCCUUUGUGCCCACCCACUCCUACCCCGAGGAGGCUCUGGAGAUGCACCCCAUGGAGCGGCGCGGGGGCCAUCACCGCCCCGACGCCUCCGCCCUCCACACUGAUGAUGGCUACAUGCCCAUGUCCCCAGGGGUGGCUCCCGUGCCCAGCGGCCGGAAGGGCAGUGGGGACUACAUGCCCAUGAGCCCCAAGAGCGUGUCUGCCCCGCAGCAGAUCAUCAACCCCAUCCGGCGCCAUCCCCAGAGGGUGGACCCCAAUGGCUACAUGAUGAUGUCCCCGAGUGGCAGCUGCUCUCCCGACAUUGGAGGUGGGCCCAGCAACAGCAACGCUGCCCCUUCUGGGAGCAGCUGUGGCAAGCUAUGGACAAAUGGGGUAGGGGGCCACCACUCCCAUGCCCUGCCGCACCCCAAACUACCUGUGGAGAGCAGUGGUAGCAAGCUCUUGUCGUGCACAGGUGACUACAUGAACAUGUCACCGGUGGGGGACUCCAACACCAGCAGCCCCUCCGAUUGCUACUAUGGCCCCGAAGACCCCCAGCACAAGCCAGUCCUCUCCUACUACUCAUUGCCAAGGUCCUUUAAGCACACCCAGCGCCCCGGGGAGCUGGAGGAGGGCGCCCGACACCAGCACCUCCGUCUCUCCUCCAGCUCCGGCCGGCUCCUCUGUGCUGCAGCCGCGGAAGAUUCCUCCUCCUCCACCAGCAGCGAUAGUCUGGGCGGGGGUUACUGUGGGGUGCGGCCGGAGUCGGGCCUCCCGCAUCUCCACCAUCAGGUCCUGCAGCCCCACCUGCCCCAAAAGGUGGACACAGCUGCCCAGACCCACAGCCGCCUGACUCGGCCCACGAGGCUGUCCCUGGGGGAUCCUAAGGCCAGCACCUUGCCCCGGGCUCGCGAGCAGCAGCCACCGCCACCCCUGCUGCACCCUCCAGAGCCCAAGAGCCCAGGGGAGUACGUGAAUAUCGAAUUUGGGAGUGAUCAGCCGGGUUACCUAUCAGGCCCUAUGGCCCCCCACAGCUCGCCUUCUGUCAGGUGUGCCUCCCAGCUCCAGCCAGCACCCCGGGAGGAGGAGACUGGCACGGAAGAGUACAUGAACAUGGACCUGGGGCCGGGCCGGAGGGCCGCCUGGCAGGAGAGCCCUGGGGUGCAGGCCGGCACAGCGGGUCCCGCACCCCCCGGGGCUGCUAGCAUGUGUAGGCCCACCCGGGCAGUGCCCAGCAGCCGGGGGGACUACAUGACCAUGCAGAUGGGCUGCUCCCGGCAGAGCUACGUGGACACCUCGCCAGUUGCCCCGGUCAGCUACGCUGACAUGCGGACAGGCGUUGUUGUGGAGGAGGCCAGCCUUCCGGGGGCGACAGCGGCCGCCCCCUCCUCGUCCUCAGCGGCCUCUACUUCUCCCACUGCACCUCCAGGAGCUGGGGAGCUGGCAGCCCACUCUUCCCUGCUGGGGGGCCCUCAGGGACCUGCGGGCCUGAGCGCCUUCACCCGGGUGAGCCUCAGUCCCAACCGCAACCAGAGUGCCAAAGUGAUCCGUGCGGACCCACAAGGGUGCAGGAGGCGGCACAGCUCCGAGACCUUCUCCUCCACACCCAGUGCCACCCGGCCCUUCGGAGGAGGGGCCGCCGUAGGGGGCAAUGGUGGGGGCAGCAGCAGCACGGAGGAUGUGAAACGCCACAGCUCUGCUUCCUUUGAGAACGUGUGGCUGCGGCCUGGGGAGCUUGGGGGAGCCCCCAAGGAGCCGGCCCAAGUGUGUGGGGCUGCUGGGGGUUUGGAGAAUGGUCUUAACUACAUAGACCUGGACUUGGUCAAGGACUUCAAACAAUGCCCGCAGGAGUGUCCCCCGCAAGUGCAGCCUCCCCCAGCUUUGCCCCCUCAUCAGCCUCUGGGCAGCAGUGAGAGCAGCUCCACCAGCCACUCCAGUGAGGAUUUAAGCGCCUAUGCCAGCAUCAGUUUCCAGAAGCAGCCAGAGGACCUCCAGUAGCUGAACUGGACAUCACAGCAGAAUGAAGACCUAAAUGACCUCAGCAAAUCCUCCUUUAACUCAUGGGUACCCAGACUCUAACUAUUUCGUGAUUCACAACCAGGACCUCACAUCUUCCUCCUCAGUAGAUGGUACGAUGUCUCCAUUUCAGUGUGUUUACUUUAUACAAUCCUCAGGAGUUCGUUGACUGAACUGCACUUCUAUAUUGUGCCAAGCAAAAAAAGCACUGUGACACCAGAACAAUGAGUCUGCAUAAACUUCAUCUUCAACCUUAAGGACUUAGCUGGCCACACGGGCGGAUGCAGCCACCACCGCACCGGGAGAGAUUGGGUUUACUCUCAUUGCAUUCACAAGAUACAUUUCAUCUGCUGCUGAAACUGUGUAUGCAAAGCAUCAUUGUAAAUUAUUUCAUAGAAGACUGUGCAAGUUGGGUGGAGAGAGUAUUAAAUAUUUAACAUAGGUUUUGAUUUAUAUGUGUAAUUUUUUAAAUUAAAAUGUAACUUUUCUUACAGCACAUCUUUUUUUGGGAUGUGGAACUGAGGUAUACAAUGUUCUGUUGUAAAGAGUGGAGCAAGUGCUUAAACAAGGCUAAGAAAAGAGUAGCGUAGGGUAUAAUCCUUGUUUUCAGAUUGUAAUUCAGAAAAAUAAUAUAAGAAUCAUAGUGCCAUAGAAGGGUCUCAAUUGUAUAGUUAUAUUUGCUGGUAUGAUCUCUUGUAAUAUAGCCCUGAUGUUGAGCUGAGAUCCUUAUAAGAAUUAAUCUUCAUUUUGUAUUUUUCCAGUAAGGCAAUAGGCCAUGUUAAUUAAACUGAAGAAGGAAAUAUUCUACUGGGUAUUUUCAAGUGUCAGCUGAAAAUUGGCAAUGGAAUGGAAGCAAAAUUACAAGAAAAGGAAAUCAAAGUCUUCCAUUGUAUAUACUGUAAAGAGAAGGAGACAUGGGUGAUCCCUUCUCAUCAAAAGCUCUCUUUGGAAUGAACAAUGUGGGUGUUUGUAAAUUCUGGAAAUUUCUUUCUAUUCAUAAUAAACUAGAGACUGUGGCUCUUUUUUUCUCCCCCUCCCCCCACGUCUAUAAGCUUCCUGCUCCAUUGCCACCAUUUUUCCUGUGCACGCGUUAGGAUAUUUCAUUUCCUGCAUUGUCUCCAGAAGAUGGAAAGACAAGUGAGCCCUUGUUUUUAAUUUCUAAUCAGAAGUCAAAAUUCUAGAAGGUCUGUUUUUCAU